AUGAAGGACACCAUCAACUUCUAUCGUCAGGGAGACGCAUACGGCGAGUUCUCCAACUUCUUCUAUGCCCCCAUCACUAUCGGCGGACAGGAAUGGCCCACGACAGAACACUACUUUCAAGCACAAAAGUUUGCCCAUAUCGAAGACAAGCAGUAUGUCGAAUUGAUUCGCAUUUCCAAGACGCCAGGCGAUGCUGCCAAACUCGGUCGGAAUAGAUCGUUUCCCUUGAGGCCGGAUUGGGAGGAGAUCAAGGACGAUGUGAUGCGCGAAUGCGUGCUGCAAAAGUUCCUGCAGCAUCCUGAUCUUGCCAAGGUGCUGAGAGGGACCGGGGACCGGUAUCUUAAUGAGCAUACGAAGAAUGACAGAUAUUGGGCGGAUGGAGGGGAUGGGAAGGGCAAGAACAUGCUCGGGGUUGUGUUGAUGGAGGCGCGGACCAAGAUUGCCAACAUGACGGCUGAGCAGAUUGCCGAGGAGGUGGCCAAGGCACAAGGAACCACUGUUGCUUGA